AUGCCCAGUGGAACAGGUACUGGAUCUUCUAAGGAGCAGCUAGAAAUUGAAGAGUUCAAGGAGGAGUCAAGCAAUGCUAGUCUCUCAGCUGAGAUGAUUGAGAGUACUUGCAUUCCCAGCCUUCGCUCUUCUACAGUUUGUCAGGUCCACAUGGAAAAUUGCAGGGGGCAGUAUAUACAUAAGCCACUUCAUAAGUACCACCAGUCAGGAGAUUUUAUCAUUGGUGGCAUUGUUUCUCAUGGUGGCUUUGUCUCCAAUCCAAGAACCUUCACUGAAGAAUCUCCACCGGAAUUAUCUGAAGAGCUUGUGGUGGUGCCUAAGGGUUACCAGCACAUCCUGGCCUUGGCAUUUGCAGUAAAGGAGAUCAACGAAAACCCUCACAUCUUACCCAACUAUACCUUGGGCUUCCACAUCUAUGACAGCAACGAUAAUGCAAGGAAGACCUAUCAUGUCACUAUGCUACUUUUAUCCACACUGGAGAAAUUUGCCCCAAAUUAUAUUUGUGAUAUCCAGAAUAAUCUGACAGCUGUCAUUGGAGGACUUGACACUGAAAUCUCCCUUCAUGUGGCAACUAUUUUGCAUCUCUAUAAGAUUCCACAGCUCACAUAUGGCCCUGCUCCAAUGAUGAAUAAAAAGAUCCCAGGGUUUUCCUUCUACCAGAUGGCCCCCCAGGAACGCCACCAAUUUGCAGGGAUUCUCUCUUUGCUUCUGCAUUUCAGAUGGACAUGGAUUGGGGUCCUUGUGAUGGAUAAUGACAAUGGAGAAAGAUUUGUGCUUAGUGUGCUCCCAGUGUUUACAGAAAGUGGUAUCUGCUUUGCCUUUCUAGAAAAAAUUCCAAAAAUGAGUUUUGCCAGUGAAACAGAGGAUAUGAUUCAACACGGGGCAAAGCUGCAUGAUGAAAUAAUGAGCAGCAAAGCUAAUGUAGUUCUUGUCUAUGGAGAAUCUUAUUCAAUGGUAGUUUUAAGAUGGCUUCCAUAUCUAAAAAACUUCGUGCCUGUGGCAAUGAAUACACAAGGUAAAGUAUGGAUAACAACAGCCCAGAUGGAGUUCACUUCAUUUGUCAUUCAACGCAAUUGGGAGUUGAGAUUGUUUCAUGGCACUAUAUCUUUUGGAAUUCACUUAAAUGACUUAAGAGGAUUUCAUCAUUAUGUUAAGAGCAUAAAUCCUUCUACCACAGAUGGAGAUGGUUUCCUCAGGGACUUCUGGCAACAAGCCUUUGGCUGCGGAUUUCCAAAUUCCAUGGUUGGCAAUGUGGAGGGGACUAUAUGCACUGGGAAAGAGAAGCUGGAGAGCCUUCCUGGGGAUUUUUUUGAAAUGAGCAUGACAGGCCAUAGCUAUAGCAUCUACAAUGCUGUUUAUGCCGUGGCCCAUGCUUUGCACGUGUUGACCUCAUCUAAUGUCAGAGGAAUGGUUCACAAAAGGAGACAGAAGGAUUGGAACCAACAGUUAUGGAAGCUCCACCACUUUUUAAGAAGUAUCUUAUUUAACAACACUUCGGGAGAUGAGGUCUCCUUCAACCAGUAUGGAGAGCUAGUCACUUGCUUGGAUAUUAUCAAUUGGAUUAUUUCCUCCAACCAAUCCUUUCAUAGAGUGAGAGUUGGAAGGAUGGACCCACAGGCUUUUCCAGAUCAUGCAUUUACCCUUCAUGAAGAUGACAUAACAUGGCACAGCUGGUUUAACCAGGCUCACCCUCGUUCUUUUUGUACUGAGAGUUGUCAACCUGGAUCUAGCAAGAAAGUGAAGGAAGGAGAGCCAUUUUGUUGCUACGAUUGCACUCCAUGCCCAGAGGGGAAGAUUUCAAAUAUGGAAGAUAUGAAUGACUGUAAUAAAUGCUCAGAUGAAAACUAUCCUAGCAAGAGGCAAGAUACAUGUGUUCCCAAGGAUAUAAGCUUCUUGUCUUAUGAAGAAACCUUAGGGAUUACUUUAGCCUUCCUUGCUCUUUUUUUUGCUUUAAUCACAGCGCUGGUGCUUGGAAUAUUUCUGAAGAACCACAACACUCCAAUCAUCAAAGCCAGCAACCGAAACCUCACCUACACACUCCUCAUCUCCCUCUUGCUCUGCUUCCUUUGCGCUUUAUUGUUCAUUGGCCAACCUGAGACCAUGACAUGUCUCCUCCGACAAACUGCUUUUGGCAUCAUCUUCUCAGUGGCAGUUUCUUGUGUGCUGGCAAAGACCAUCACUGUAGUUCUGGCUUUCAUGGCCACCAAACCAGGUUCCAGGAUGAGGAAGUGGGUGGGGAAAAGACUGGCCUCCUCCAUUGUUCUUUCCUGCUCCCUUAUUCAAACUUUCAUAUGCAGUGUGUGGCUGGCAACCUCUCCUCCAUUCCCAGAUCUUGACAUGCAUUCACUGAUGGAAGAAAUUAUACUAGAAUGUAACGAGGGCUCUGUGACAAUGUUUUACUCUACUCUUGGCUAUAUAGGCUUCCUGGCAGCUCUGAGUUUCACAGUGGCUUUCCUUGCCAGGAAGUUACCCAACAGUUUCAAUGAAGCCAAGUUUAUAACUUUUAGCAUGUUGGUCUUUUGUAGUGUUUGGCUGUCCUUUAUUCCCUCCUACCUGAGCACUGAGGGAAAAUACAUGGUAGCUGUGGAGAUCUUUUCUAUCUUAGCCUCCAGCUCUGGUCUGCUGGGUUGCAUCUUUGCUCCCAAAUGCUACAUUAUUGUGCUGCAGCCUCAACUGAACAACAGGGAACAGCUAAUAAGAAGAAAAGAAUGA